UGUCAUUCCUAUGACGCUUAACAUCAAUUUGCUACAAAGAUUAGCCCAACUUAACUAGGGAAAAUUAUUGUAAAAAUAGGAUUUGUCACAGCAGCUACAGCAGCUACAAAUUACAUAGUUUGAUGGAAAGUAACUAUGGCGAGGGCAGCAUUGGACUUAGCGCUUGUUUCGCUAAAUAAAGUACUGAAGCCAACUGUUAAGUAUGUAUGGAGUAUGGCUAAAUCCACGAUAGCAGAUACUCGGGCGAAACCAUUAGUAUGUAAUACAAUCGAAUGACGAAUAGGUACUGCCGCGAUCCCAACUCAAAAAUACUGCUUCUGUAGCUCCGCGGGAUCUAAAAGAUGACUUGUUACUAAAUAUAACUUUACAUUACCUACAAAAACAACCUAAAAGCAACAAGCAAAGCAGCUAUACCCGUGAUUGGCACUGCCUGGCGAUAUGCUAAAGUAGAAAUGAUACCUCCUAUGAGUCAUGGUAUCGUUCAUGGUCCUCUUGGCAAGAACUUAGAAAAUUCAGCAGCAAAAUUGGGACAAAGCAUUAUUUCUGGACUCGAAGGUAGAAUUAAAGAAAUGGAUAUGGAAGUUGAAAGAAAACAAAGAGAAAAGGAAGCUGCAAUCAAGGCUGCUCAGGAACAAGCUGCUGCUGCAGCUAAAGCAGCUGCUCAAGCUAAAGCAGAUGAAAAGAAACGACAAGAUGAAGCAAAAGCAAAAGAAGCUAAAGCAAAGGCAGAAGAAAAGCCUAAGGAAGAAAAGAAAGCAGAGGCUCCAAAAGCUGCAGCUCCAGCUAAGCCAAAACCAGCUAAAAAGAAAGAGCCAGCUAGGAAAAAGGAACCAAAGAAAAAUAGACGUGACGAGAAAAAGGGAAAACCUCCUAAAAAGUAAUAUGGUACUGUGGUUAUUUUCGAAUUAUACUUAUGUACUUGCCUAAAUAUAUCAUUUUUGUAUUAAUGGCAGUAUUUAAGUAUCGUAAAUUUUUAACAUGAAUUAAAAUUCUACGUUUUGA